GAGGAUCGCCAGCAACCGAUUCACCUCUCCCCGGCAAAAACUAAAAAUAAAAUAUCCUCUUUAGAAAUAUUAUUCGACAAAUAUUACAGGUGUAGCUUCUAUCAUUAAACGAUCACCCUUUUUGCGUUGUUUUCCUCUUCCAUUGAUUUUCACCUGUCACACCGGCACACCGCCGCCGUUCUUCAAAUUGACAAGAGACUUUCAUCCAUACGGAGGAAUUUUUCAGUUACAACAAAUUAAUUAAAAAUUUCUCGUUGUACGUUUACGAUCGGUAAACGUUGUUUCACGAUCUAGGAAGAGUUCGGUGCAAUGACAUCGUAUACGUUCGAAUCGUCUGAAAAAUGGACGCAAAGACGAGUCAGUGUUUAAAGUGCGAGGGGGACGUGAUGGUGGACAUCGAUCACUGUCCAAAAUGCGCAGCUUCUCUAAAAUUUUUGAAAAAAUCUGGCCCACUGGUGGUUAAGGGUAAGACAGAAUCCGUGAAAAUUCCCGUGAAACCUCUGGAGGGUAGCUACGUGAUGCAAAUCGUCUCUAUUGGAAUUAGACCCGACAACGUUUACGAGGCAAGAAUGUUGUUGGCACCGGAAGUGGACAUGUCUUCGAUCAAAAUAACCGUAAAGGGUUGCAAUCUUCGCGUGAACGUGUGCAAACCGUUCGACGAUCGAAUCGCGAAUCAACUGCCAGACGUUGCAGAAAAAUCGGUUCUCGGUGAUCUGAUCAAAACAACCAUGAAACAUUGCGAGAAUUUUCUCAUACCGGACGACAUCGAUGGCGAGAAAGUUCGCGCUGUGGUGGACAACAAGCACAGAAUGCUCGUUCUCACGGCACCCGCGAUCAAACCUAGCAAAGCGAGAAAGAAAUUUAUUGCAAAAAGUUGAAAAAAACAAAUUAUCUUUUUCUUUUUUACACAAACUGGCUACCGACGCGCGACCAUCGAAACACGAAUUCGAGAAAACAAUAGAUGAUCGCGCGUUGUCAAAAUCGGUCGAC